AUGGAGCCCGUGGUAUAUGAAGAGACGCCUCUAGCCGACUACCUCAGAGAUGGAGGUAACCUGUCGGAGGCGGAAUGGGCUCCCAUGGACGGCACUCCCGAUCACCAGUUGUCAAUAGCGUCCGAUUCCUCGGCUCCUGCGAGCCCGACUCCCUUUGCGCCGUCCGGCCGUCCGUUGGUCAAGGCUCGAUUUCGCAACGCUCCCAGCAAGCUGGAUCUUGCCGAGCAACCACAAGCCCAGCAGCCCUUGACGCUGCAAUCACUCAAGAAAAGCUGCUCCGCCCUUCUGGCUGCGAGCCUCGAUCGUGCAGACAACGCCCGGUUCCUCGAACAAUUCAGAUAUACAAUCAUUGCCUCGCAGCUGCUCAACGGCCAUUCCCUGCUAGGAGGACACCGUCCGCCGGCCCUGAAAACGCCGUCCUCGACCGCGGAUAGCAAUGACCAAUCUCUGCUCUCGACCGAAGGUAUUAUAGUGUCCGUCGUCGGAGCGCUAGCUCUCGCAGUCUUCCUAAGCUGGGCACUGAGUAGUGCGCCAUGGCAUGUAACGAAACGACGCCUAAUACUGGUGCUUAUUGUUGCUGCAGCGGCGGUCUUGGUAGGACAAGUCUUUGUGCGACGACAAUGGCUUCGCUACCGGAGAGAACAGUCCUUGGCUGAAAUAUCCACAUUCAUAUCGAACUCGCAAAACCUUGAUAGCGCAACCGAAGCUACGCUCUCGCUGGUCCAAGAAGUUGAGCUGGUCUCGCGUGGAUACCGAAUUAGUGUCCCCCUUCCACCGGUCAGUCGGCUCGAGGAUCGUACCCAAAGCAGAAAAUGUGUUCGGCUGCGCAAGGCGCUCAAAAACUCGCUUGCAGAGGUUCUGCAGACGUACAACCAGGUGUCCGAUGUUGUCAGGGGCUUCGCGGAGCAGAUGGAGCUGGAGAAGUACUACGACAUGUACGACGUGAGCGACUUUGACAUUUCGGAUUCCCGCCUGGGUUUCAAUGCGGCCGAGUUUGACGACCUGGAGUCGUUGAGAACGUUGAAAAUUCUUGCCGCGCGGUUUCAUACCACCCGAAAGAUGCUCCUCUGCGCCCUGUUGGCUCUGGAUGCGAAUGGGGAGGCCAAAGACCUGCUGCGUUGGACAGCUGCGGUGGAGUCGCUGCAAAGCGUCAACAUCUCGACCAAGUCUGUGUUUGAAAAGCUGCAAGGGAUACUAAGCGAGGAAGAAUCGUUUCCCGCACCACCAACUCCACAGAUGCCCCUUACGCCGGGCAAAGAGAGAUGGCGCUCCCAGCUGCGCAAGCUCAGUUCCAUGUCAACCGGAAUCCGAGGCUUGCAAGCCAAACUUCACCUGCUACGAGAAGAAUCCGAUAGAGCGCUAGACGACUCCAACGACAUCUCCGAACUGGGGCCCAAUCUCAUGUCACAGUAUGACUCCAUUGGAGUGGACCUUAGAAUGCUCAUGGCGGCGUGGGAAGAAGGCAGAGCCGCUUUGGCCCAGGGCAUUGACAGGAACGAGAAGAGACUUUCAUCAAUAAGCACGUUGCUAUCGCCCGCCAGCUCCCUGAGCGGACUCACUACAAUCGGCGAGGGAGGUGCCGCAGAGGCCUUCAAGGCUUUGACUGGCGAGUCUCCGCCGGCGUCCGAUAUCAACGACGCCGAAGACGACCAGGAGAUCUUCGAAGCUGUAGCAAAGCCGCGACCUCGGAGCAUGCUGACGCGAGAGGAGAGAAUUGCAAAGGUCAAAGAAGAGAGGGAGCAGAGGGCGUUGGCACGUCAGCAGUUGGAGGCCACCAAGGGCAUGCUGAGAGAGCUGGAAACGGUCAUCAGCCUACGGCCCCAGAAACGAAGCAGUGCUCCUGCUGGAACCCGCAAGGUCUCGAUGUGA